AGUUGCAUUAUCCGCGAGCUACGAAGCACACGCCUUCACUGGCUGGCUACACAGUCAAAAGAAUUGUUACGAUCGACAAUUAUCAUCAUGAAUAUUGUAAAAAAAUGAUUGUAUAUCUGUAUAUUGAUAAUGUUAAUUUCGUAUUUUUUAAAGUGACUCUCAGUGUUGUGUAAAAUGAUACGAAUAUUAAAUGUUUUCUGUUUAUUUCUCAUAGGAGCUAAAGUAUCCAUCUGCCUACGGGUUGUAGGGAUUUCUGUGCCGCCGCUGAAGCAGCGUGGUGAUUCUGCGACCCUAACCUGCGAAUACGAUUUGGAGGGCGGGAAACUAUACUCAGUGAAAUGGUAUCGAGAUAAUGAAGAGUUCUACCGAUACAUGCCGAGGCUUAGACCGCCGCAACACGCACAUCAAUUGGAUGGCGUCAAAGUUGAUCUUGAAAAGUCAACAGCUCGUCGAGUCCAUCUCAGAGAAUUGACUUUGAAGUCCCGAGGGCUGUACCGAUGUGAGGUAUCAGAGGAAGCACCGUCAUUCCACUCGGCACAGGCAGAGAAUUUUAUGGAAAUUUAUUAUUUUCCGAAGGAGAGUCCUCGGAUCACGGGACUCGAAGGACCAUAUAACAUCAAGGAUAUGCUAGACGUUAACUGUUCAUCAGCUCGAUCGUUCCCAGCUCCGGAAUUGCAAUGGCUAAUUAACGGUCAAAAGAUUACGGACAGAUCUUCGUUAAUAGCAUAUGGCGCGAAGCCCGCCCCACAAGGUCUUCUAGUAUCUACCCUUGGUCUCCGGACGCCAGUUCAAUCACGAAUGAAAAUCAAAUGUAUCGCAACAAUCGAUACACAUAGACGAGAGCGUACCGUUGUCAUUGAAAUAAAUUGCGGGACCCAGCACAAACUUUGCAAUCUGUCAACAUUACUACUUGUUCAAACUUUUUAUUCAAUUAGUACAAAAUAUUUGUGAUACUCUAUUAUUGUAAAUAAACACGUUUCAUAAGAA